UCCCUUUUAGUAAAACUGGAAACUGGAAGGGCAAAAUAAUAAUUCCACCAGCCUCGUUAAUUAAUCGGUCGAUAUAACAAUAUUACUAUGCUAUAUAGGAUUCCUGUUUAUUAUUCAAUUUGACUAAUUAAUCAUCAUUCAUCAAGAUGAGUGAAGCGUUGCCAAGUUAUGAAACUGUCAUGGACAGUGGAAAUGGAAACUCUGCUAACUUGACGAAUCUACCGGAAACCAACAUGAAAGAUGCCUUUGCAUUUACCCAUAUCCUUGCAAAUAGUGACUCCCACAAAGACUAUACAACGUAUAAGUAUUACAAUGAUACACAAUUGAAUCAACACGUUCCUUCAAUUCCUGAAGAAAUCACCCACUUAAAGUUGUUGAAAGCUUUUGGAAAUUUAAAACAACACAUUUGUCAGGGGUUAAAUGAUGAUAAAGAUAUUGAAUGUGUCUGGAAAGCCUUUGUUACCAAUUCAGUUAGAAGAUUCAUAACGUUUGUUAGUGCUUUAAAGGUUACACUUCAUGAUCCAUUCGUCCCACCAAUGCAACCACAGGGUGCUACGUUAAUUGAACAUACUGAGUAUUUCAAUAAAAUACCGAAAAGUAAAGGUUUGGCCGAAUCUCUUAAUGACAUGUUACCUCCUUUAGAUAUACUUAUGGUAUGGCAUUCAUUCUUAUUAAAUCCCAAAGCUGCUUUUGAUACUUUUGCUAGGAAUGAUUUUUUACCAUUUCUAUUUCAUCCUUUCCCCCUCCAACAAAUAGAUGAAGCAAUUUCGAAUACUGACUUUGGAUAUCAUCCAAAGACUUCAUAUGUAACUCGCUUCAACCAGCUAAUGAAAGAAUAUGGAUGUGAACUAGCUUAUGAAUUUAAUGAGCCAUUUAUCCCUGAAAAUAUAACUAUUCCAAUUAGAUGCCCCGUUUGCAAUAUUACGAUAGCUGUUUCAUGUUUAAGUAAUACUAUUGCUAAUAGUGGAUUUGCUGAUGGAGACUUUAAAUCUGAUGUUUUCUCUGACUGUGAAUGCAAAUGUGGCUAUUCUAAUACAAUUACCCAUGAUGAUUUAAGGAAACGUGAAUUACAUUCAGAUUUAACGGGUGGAUUGAUUUUACCGGGUAUUUAUAAACUUAGAUCGAUCCAUAUGAGAAAGGAUAGGGUGUAUCGCUCAGAUGUUAUGCUAGUUAAUGAAGAAUUGAAAUCAAUGUCUCUUCGCUUGAGAGAAAGAAAACGUCUCAGUAAUUAUCUGACUAGUUUAUCAACUACAAUUGAAGCUUUUAGUGCCAUCCCAUCACGCAAUAUAAGAGCAAUUGCUAUAUACAGAGAGUAUUUCAGUAUGAAUUUAAUCCAUUUAACCAUUCCACGAGCUGACACUAUUAAAAUUGGGGAAGACUUAGUUGGUUGCGUACUAAGACAAGAAAGAUUUAUCAAAAAAAUGAAUGAGAUAAAUUGGUUAGAAUCCCCUUUGAUUGAUAAAACUUUAACCAAUGCAAAUAUUAGAUACUCAAGAUUCUGGAAAAUGUUGAUAAACUCAGAUUUUAUGGUGGUGCCAACUUUGGAUAUUGAUUUAGUUUGGCAUACUCAUCAAUUAUCGUUUCAUUAUUAUCAUCAGCAAAGUUCAUUGCGUGGCAGGCCCUUUAUAGAUCAUGAUGAUAAAGUUGAUGAAUCAAUAUUAGAUAAAUGUUAUGAAAGAACAGCCAAGACUUACAGAAAACUUUACAAUGAAGAUUACUCGAUUUGUUUAUGUUGGUAUUGUAUAGCGGUUAGAGACAACUCUAAACCGUUGUUUAAAAAGAUUUUUAGAAAAUCAAAAGAGUCUGACAAAAAAGAUGAAUACGAUGUUGUUUAUUCUGGUGGUAACGAUUCGAGUCAUGUAAGUAUUCAUAAUGCCAUAUCUUUCCCUUCGUCAAAAGCAGCAAAAGGUCAUAAUAACUUGAUGAAAAAAUAUAAUGUUUCCAAAGAUGCCAAUUUGCCUUUUAGCGACCCUGUUCUUGGAGGUGGUGCUUAUAUGUAUCCUUACCUUUAUGUUAUUCCUCCAUUAGCACCAAUUCCACUUCUUGGUAUGGGAUUUUAUGGAAAUACAUUCUGUGGAGGAGCUGGAGGAGGUCUAGGCCUUGGAGCUUGUGGUAGUGGUGCUUGUUCUGGCAGUUCAGCAUGUGCAAAUGGUGGAGGAGGUGUCUGUGGUGGAGGAGCAUUCGGUGGAGGAGGAGGAGGAUGUGGAGGAGGAGGUGGAUGUGGUGGAGGAGGUGGAUGUGGUGGAGGAGGGUGUGGUGGAGGAGGAAAUUAG